UUUGUAUAAAAACCACCACCAAAGGCUAUCAAAGUACAGCUGGUAUGGUGAGCUGAAGCACUGAGAUAAACAACACACUACCACCAUGGGCAAGAUCAUCUUCUACGAGGACAGGAACUUCCAGGGGCGCAGCUAUGAUUGCAUGAGCGACUGCUCUGAUAUCUCCUCAUACCUGAGCCGCGUUGGUUCCAUCAGGGUGGACAGCGGUUGUUUCAUGGUCUAUGAGCGCAACAGCUUCUUGGGGAACCAGUUCUUUCUGAGGAGGGGCGAGUACCAUGACAUGCAGCGCAUGAUGAGCAUGGGCAUGAUGUUCGACACAAUCAGAUCCUGCCGCAUGAUUCCUUCAUACAGGGGAUCCUACAGAAUGAGGAUCUAUGAGAGGGACAACUUUGGAGGACAGAUGUAUGAGCUAAUGGAUGACUGUGACAACAUCAUGGAACGUUUCCGUAUGUCUGACUGCCAGUCCUGCCAUGUGAUGGACGGUCACUGGCUCAUGUUUGAGCAGGCCCACUACAGAGGCAGGAUGGUCUACUUCAGACCUGGAGAGUACAAGAGCUUCAGAGAUAUGGGAUACAGCAACAUGAGAUUCAUGAGCAUGAGGCGUAUCACUGAUAUGUGUUAAACUGCUACAAUUUAGAAGGAAAUAAAGUGUUAUUUUCAGAACUA